AUGAAGGUCUCCGCUGUCCUCGCUAUUGCUACUACUGCUUCGGCUGCUUCUGUACAGAGGCGCCAAGCCCAAACCUACGACAUUGCCAACUUCGCUGCCGACUGCAUUCCCCAUAGCACAUCCUGCGCUUAUAACUUCAACGUUGUCACCGAGCCUUACUUCCCUCUGGAUACAUGCAGUGCUUUCGUGCAAGGCCCUGACAACUUGCCCGAUAUCAAAGAGGGCAAGUGCAACAACACAGCUUACACGUGGUCGACGACCAAGGCUACAGAUGGUAGCAUUGACUUUGCUAUCUGGUACCCCUUUAACGCGCGCUCCAACAUCACCUACUGCCACACUAUCCCCGCCAGCCAGAUCACCACGCAGAACAACGGCGCAGUGAGCACUCAGCACUACACCGGACCGAAGAACUUCACGGCUUCCAUCUUCGACUGUGCUAGCUCGUAA